AUGCACCGCGAAGACGCCAGUUGGGCUGACUUCCCGGAGCCUUUUGCCAUGCACUCUCAGGAGGACAGACCGAACCUGCGCGAUGGCAGGGUUCCGUCUGACACGGCCCAUCUGGAAGAGGCGCUCCUGACCCUCGCUAACAGCUCUGGGGACGAGGACGACGACCUCCUUCUCCACUCUAGUGACCAGGAGAUGCUUCCAGACGACAGUUUGGAGGCUUCCGGCUCUGUCGCUAUCCCAACGGCGACGGGCGCCGAUGCAACGAACAAUCUUGCUAUCCUAGCGAUAGCACAGACGAACUUGAUCGAGUCCCUUACAUCCUCCCUCGCAGAUGAUGUUUCUGCCGAGCUGAGGAAGAACGCGGGCGCAAUCCUGCACCUCACCCAGGGGUUGGCACAGGAUUUUGGACGGAUUAUGGGCUGGAGUGUAGCCUCUCUCCGGCACUUAUGGCUAGCGAACUCGGCACUCCCUGAAGCGGACAAGGUCCCCCUCCUUGAUGCCCCAGUCUCUCUCGACGGCAGUAUUGGAGUCCUCGCCGGCUCAGAAUCGAAGCCGGCCAGGACUCUACGUCGGCCUAUCACAGAUAAGCACCAGGUCGCUGGCUCGAAUUCGACCCCGCCCCCACUUAAGAGCCGGGCUUCUGCAGAUUCAGAAGCCCGUGGAGUAAGGGAAACGAAUAUGCCCCUGCAUCUAAACAGCGCACUUUCCCAAGAGAUAGAGACUCUCUUGGCAAAAAGCGCGAUCCGCCUAGUCCCCAAACACGACGAAAUACACGUUCUAAUCAGAAGCGACAACAAAGCGACAGUCGCUUACGUAAACCGACAGGGCGGCACCAAAUGUCCACAUCUACACCGGCUGGCGGUGAGGAUCUGGACUUGGGCAUACCCGCGAGUUCGCUCCUUACGGGCGCUCUACGUCCCGGGGCAGCUGAACUGCGGCGCAGACCUCUUGUCUCGGGGCGGUCCCUCCCCCCUAGAGUGGUGUCUUCACCCACUCGUGGUAGCGGAGGCACAAACAGUGGAUGGCCGAUGUAGCCCUGCUGCUGACCGACGUCCCGUGGCGACUUCCCCAGCGCCGGGACCUCCUGUCUCAGGGGGCGGGGACCAUUUUUCAUCCCCACCCAAGCAGGCUGCGCCUCACGGCUUGGCCCCUGUUAGGAGCAGGCUCGUGAACAUGGGAUUGAGCAAGGCAGCUGUAAAUACUAUACAGCACGCUCGCGCUAUCUCAACUACAAUGGCUUAUAAAGGCAGAUGGGAGGCCUUCGAGACUUGGUGUCUCGAACGCUCUCAGGACCCCCUGGUGUGCCCUGUAUCCGUAGUGCUCAACUUUGUGCAGAGCCUACUUGAUAAGGGGUUAUCUUUGUCCACGAUAAGGGGGUAUGUCUUCGCAAUUUCUGCGUGCCAUACUGGCUAUAGUGGCUCUACGGUGGCUGCCCACCCCCUGGUAAAGCGUUUUAUCCAGGGCGUCCGGCGUCUGAAACCAGUGGCCCCACCCCGUGUUCCGCAGUGGGACUUAACGGUGGUACUAAAAGCCUUGUGCAGCCCUCCUUUCGAACCGCUGGAGAGCGUUGAGUGGAGAGCUUUGUCCCUUAAGGUAGCGCUGCUUACUGCGCUAGUUUCUGCUAAGCGAGUAAGCGAUUUAUGCGCCUUGUCUGUGCACCCGGACUGUCUCUCCUUUUCAGGAUCUGACAGAGUCGUGCUGAGACCGAACCCUGCGUUUACCCCGAAGGUUAUCACCACGUCCUUCCGCUCACGGGUAUUGGACCUGGUGGCUUUCAAGCCCCCUCCUCAUGACGAUGAGGAGGAUGCUAUGCUGCAUAAACUUUGCCCAGUGCGUGCUCUGUCGAUAUACGUACGACGUUCGCAGCCUAUUCGACAAGCAGAUCAGCUGUUUGUCUGUUAUGGUGCUGCUGCUAAGGGAAAACCUGUUACGGCACAGAGAUUUUCCCAUUGGCUUACUGACGCAAUCAACUGGGCGUAUGAGUGUAUGGGCUUGCCCCCUCUGUCGGAGGUUCGCGCCCACUCUACUCGAAGCAUGGCAGCUUCUCGGGCACUUUUUAAAGGGGUCAGUGUGCAGGACAUUUGUACAGCGGCGUCAUGGAGUUCGCCAUGCGCCUUUGUGCGUUUCUAUCUGCUGGAUGCAUCGACACCGUCGGUGGCGCAUGCAGUCCUGAGCUCAGCGUCCAAUCGGACGUAG